GUCUUUUUGGGACAGCUCACUAGCAAAUUGCAAUCUCUCAAAAAAGAAAAAAUUAAAAGCUUUUUUUCGUGCGAAAAACUCGCGUGUCCAUUGAUUUUAUCUCGUGAAAAAAGGCCCAAAAAUCACACCUAGGCCACGUGAAAAGGGCAAUAGUGAAGUGCGUGAAUAUCUACUGUAUCCGUGGUAGGUGUACGGGGUCGUGGAUUGAUUUUUUUUGUAUUUCAAUUUGAGUGAAUAAAGAUCAUCUUAGGAGCUGUCAAAGUUGAGGCUAAAAAAACCUUGCUUCAUGUCCCUUUGGCAGUAACAGUUAAGACGAGAAAAAAAAACUUUUCCCCGCAUAAAAGGUCAAAAAUCGGUGCGAGAGAGAGUGAGGAAAAAAGCAAAAAAGGGGAGACGCAGCAAACGGCACAUGUGACAACUGGUAGCGCCCCCCUCAUCACAAGAAAAGUACUUUCUUCACGCCAGAGCUUCUUCAUUGAAGCCCCCUCCUCGACACAAGUUACGCUAGAGCGCCAACUCCAUCGUCGGGGCUCUUCUCUCUUUUGCAUCACUCAAAUGGAUCCGGCUGUUGCUUGGUUCCAGGAGGAGCAAAAUGGACCCGCUAAGCGCAUCUGGAUGCAAAUAUGGGACACAAUUGCCGAAAUGGAUCACAAUUCAACUGUGACGGCUGUCGUUGAGAGGCAACCUCCGCCACCGCCAUCCAUCAAGGGUGAGAGUGGUAGUGAGACAACUAAUGGGAGUAGUGGUAGUGGUACAGGUGGUAGUAGUACAUUGGAGAGGAAUUACUACAAUCCAUCCCGAAGGAAAGCCGGCAGUACGUUGGACAAUAAAGCCAGCACGUAUAAUAUGAAUAAAUUCCAAGAACGUCUUGUGGGCAAGCACGGUGGAUGCCCAUGGCGCCCCCAUAAAUUCACAUACGGACGUGGUGUAAUCGGCCUCCAUCAGGAAAUUGAGCAUUUCUUCUCCCACAUGAUUCCCACAUCAAUCGAGCAUGCACUAAGGGUGGAAGUAGUGUCAAAGAUUGAGUGUGUAGUCCUCAGUUUAUGGCCUGCAGCACGUGUGGAGGUUUUCGGAUCAUUCCGUACGGGAUUGUACUUGCCAACAAGUGAUAUUGAUCUCGUUGUAAUUGGACGCUGGGAUAAGUUGCCACUUAGGACGCUCGAGACGGAGCUGACAAAUCGUCGUAUAGCUGAACCAAUGUCACUGCGUGUCCUGGACAAGGCAUCAGUGCCAAUUAUAAAGUUAACAGAUCGUGAGAGUCAAGUUAAAGUUGAUAUUUCCUUCAAUAUGCAAAGUGGUGUCCAAUCGGCUGAAUUGAUAAAGAGCUACAAGCGAAAGUAUCCGGUUCUAUCGAAGCUUGUUCUUGUACUCAAACAAUUCCUCCUACAGCGUGAUCUCAAUGAAGUGUUCACGGGGGGAAUAUCAUCAUAUUCCCUCAUACUCAUGUGCAUCAGCUUCCUGCAGCUACAUCCGCGGCAGAAUAUACGCGAAAAAGCUAAUCUCGGGGUGUUACUGUUGGAAUUCUUUGAGCUGUAUGGGAGGAAAUUUAACUACAUGAAGACUGGGAUUAGUAUAAAGAACGGUGGACGGUAUAUACCGAAGGAGGAGUUGCAAAAGGAAAUGGUUGAUGGGCAUAGGCCGAGUUUGUUGUGCAUUGAAGAUCCCCUGACAGCUGGAAAUGAUAUUGGGAGAUCUUCAUAUGGUGCUCUCCAGGUGAAACAAGCUUUUGAGUAUGCCUACAUUGUACUAUCACAGGCUGUUUCCCCCCUGAAUACGGGACUAAAUGAUUGUGCACGAAAUAGUAUAUUGGGCAGGAUAAUACGUGUUACGGAUGAAGUUGUGGAUUAUCGUGAUUGGGUACAAAAGACCUUUGAGACACGCCUAAUUGUCUCACAACCAUCCUCCCCGUCGCUGCAGCAGCAACAGAAUAGCAACAAUUUAGCCCGAAGACGUGGGAGUACAUCGAGUCUCGAUACGUCUGAGGAGAGUAUGGACAGUGAGGGUGAUUCGAAUUCAGCAUCAAGAGAUGUUUCACCCACAUCAACGGCACACCCAACCACCGAUGCCACAACCUUCCAUCAUAUUCCCGUUGUUAAUCCCAAACAAUUCCUCAUUCACGGUGGGCACACGGGGAAUUCCGCGGUGAAUCAGCACGCAAUUGAUGAUGGUACCGAGAUGGCACAGCAUGUAACAGCAGCGGGAAAUAUAAUGGGGAGGCAACAAAUAAUUAUUCCAACCCCAUAUCAUCCGCAUUUGCAUCAACAGAUGCAUCAGCAGAGGGCACAACAACAUGCGCAACAAUCACUACCCAAUAAUGGAAUUAUUGUUGAGGAGAUGGUGAGAGGUGGUGGUGGCAAUACAGCAGUUGUUGGUCAACAGAAUGUGUCAGUUGUGUUGCCCGUGACAAUGGUGCAACCACCAAUGCCAGCAUCUACGUACACCCAGCAACCGUAUCAGCCACAGGUUCAGUACAUAACAAGCAGAAUGCCGGGAACACGCGUUAGUGGUGCGGAGCACAGCGGAGGAGAGUCUCAAGUGUUGCAACAGCAGGGCACGACAGGAGGGGCACGUGGAGGUGGUAGUAGCAAACCCCUUCCACGUCGCAAUAGUAUCCUCACGCGUGCUGUCGCUGAAGCGGCUAAAUCCACGUCAAUGGUGAAAACGAGUAAGGAUUAUGGUGGAGAUAAAUGGUUUUUGGAGAAUGAUUCAUCAUCAAGUGGUGGGAUGUAUGGGGAUAAAUCGGGCGGAAGUAGUAGCGGUGGGAGUCAAGGAGGAAGUGGCGCAAAGGGUGCAGGUGGUAGUGGUGCAGUGCAACAGAGGAAGAAUCCAAAGAGGAAGAAGAUUCCGGGACAGCAGGAAUCGGUGCUAACGUCAGAGCGGAAGAAGAACAAUGAACGUGGGUGUAGUAGUAGUGCAAGUAGCAGUAGUAGUAGCCACCAGAGUAGCCGAUGAUGGAGAUCGCAACACGACGGUGAGCAGAGAAGCUGUGAAAAGAAGGCCGAUCAUGAGGAUUAUGAGUGGGAUUUAAUGAUGAAAUGGCCGGGAGAUAAAAAUUUUGUGGGGAUUGUCUGAUAGUUGAAAGACAAAAGAAAACAAAAAGAGCCUCUCCAGGAUAAUGUUAUAGGACACAAUCAACCCUCCCAGAUAAUGUUGUCUCCCACUUUUCUGUUUUUGCUGUCGUGCUUGCGAUUUUUUAACCCCAUUGCGGUUAAUUUUGUUCUUUUUUUCACUUUGCGUUUCGCUUCUUCCUCACACACACACACACACACUCUCUCU